AACCACGAUGGCGUCUCUCACGGAAUUUGCGACCAACAUCGCCCUGUGCACAGCGAUUGUCUUCGCCUCUCGCUUCCUCUGGAACUACCUUCGAUCCCCCUUGAAGUCAUUCCCGGUCCAGCCCUUGCAAGUUUCACCAAUGCUUGGCGCAUGGUGGAUGUCUUCAAUGGUCGAUGCGAUAUCACUCAUUACCAACUGCACCAGAAACAUGGAUCGGUGGUUCGCAUGGGCCCCAAUCUCCUCAGUCUCUCCGAUCCGAGUUUAAUUAGUGUAGUCUAUAACACCAAGAAUCCAUGGUUAAAGAGUGCUAUGUACAAUGUCAACGAUGCCGUCGUCGGAGGCAUGCGCCUGAAGAACCUCUCUCUCAACGCAGGAUGA